CGCACUGUUAUUUUUUUGUCCUCCAUCAGAUCGACCAGCAGCGAUGAUCCGAUAAUCGAUGAUCACGGUUUAUUCACGCAAACACGCCGCACUGUGUGUUGGUUUUUAUACAAAUGGAGCUGAAUGACACCUGAUCGUCUUCAUUAGUGUGUUUGGAUUCGGAUGUAAAGAGACCGGAGGCCGAAAACAGGGCUGACUGGGAGCACUGGGAGUACUGGGAUCACUGGGAUCCUUGCUGCUGCUGCUGUUUAUAUCUAACAAUCAGUUGAGGCACCAGGAAAAGAACAGCAUCCGAUUACCCCUGCACAGCUUGUAGUUUUGGGUGACAAAGGGGGCUGAGGGAACAUCAUGGCCCACCUUCGUGCCAUCCACAACCAGAAUGCCCGCCUGGACCCCGAGGAGUACUUCACCAAACAGGAGCGCAUCGGUAAGGGCUCGUUCGGCGAGGUCUACAAAGGCAUCAACAACCGCACCAAAGAGGUGGUGGCCAUCAAGAUCAUCGACCUGGAGGAGGCCGAGGACGAGAUCGAGGACAUCCAGCAGGAGAUCACCGUGCUCAGCCAGUGCGACAGUCCCUUCGUCACCAAGUACUACGGCUCGUACCUGAAGGGAACGAAACUCUGGAUCAUUAUGGAGUAUCUGGGAGGAGGUUCUGCUCUAGACCUGCUUCGGCCGGGUCCUUUAGAGGAGACGUACAUCGCCACCAUACUGAGGGAAAUCCUGAAGGGUCUGGAGUAUUUACACUCGGAGAGGAAGAUUCACCGUGAUAUUAAAGCGGCGAACGUGCUGCUGUCAGAGCAGGGCGACGUGAAGCUGGCGGAUUUCGGCGUGGCGGGUCAGUUGACGGACACGCAGAUUAAGAGGAACACGUUCGUGGGAACCCCGUUCUGGAUGGCGCCGGAGGUCAUCAAACAGUCCGCGUACGACUUCAAGGCAGAUAUCUGGUCGCUGGGUAUCACCGCCAUCGAGCUGGCCAAAGGCGAGCCGCCGAACUCGGACCUGCACCCGAUGCGUGUGCUCUUCCUCAUCCCCAAAAACCCUCCGCCGACACUGGAGGGCUCCUAUAGCAAACCCUUCAAAGAGUUUGUGGAGGCGUGUCUCAAUAAAGACCCGCGGUUUAGACCCACAGCUAAAGAACUCCUCAAACACAAGUUCAUUACACGCUACACCAAGAAAACCUCCUACCUGACCGAACUGAUCGACCGAUACCGCCGCUGGAAAUCUGACGGACACGGAGAAGAGUCCAGCUCGGACGACUCGGACAUGGACGGAGAGGGUGAUGAGAGGGACUCGUGUCCUAUGUGGACGUUCCCCACGGUGCGCCCCAGCUCCAUGAAUAAACUACAGAAAGGAUACCCCACUUCAGACUCAGAGGCGGCGGAGACGGUGAAGAGACAGCCGAGGUCUCAGUGCCUGUCUGCUCUCGUCUCGCCCACAUUCAGAGAGCUGAAGGAGAAGCGGCGGGCGAGCGGCGGAGGGAUCGGGGCGAUAGAGGAACUAGAGAACGCCUUUAACCUGGCUGAGGAGUCGUGCCCCGGGAUCUCGGACCUGCUGGUCACACACGUGAUGGAGAGAGUGUGUCGGUUCGCUCUCAACGGAAACGGCAACACGACCCCAUCGUCACGGUGAAGCCCCCCCCGAACCCUGAGACUCCACGUGGACCAUCUCAUCACCUCCCCUCCACCGUCCAGAUCUUUUACUGAGGAAUUCUCAAAUAUUUUUACAGUUACAUUUCUUUAUAGAACCGAGAGAGUAUUUAAAAGACAGACUGAGUGAGCGAGCAAGUGAGCAAGAGAGAGACCGAGUGAGUGAGAGAGAGAGAGAGAGCGAGAGAGAGCGCUCUGUGUUUACCUGUUAGAUCCAAAAUCCUGUUAUAAACAUUUAUGAAAA